CCCUUCCCUCCUCCCAUGUCCCUUGGGAAUUGACCCUGCGCAACCCAUCGUCGGCAGCACCACCCCCCAAACAGAUAUCCACAAGAAAGCAUCGUCAUCUCGUCACCGCCUGGAAUACACCCACAAUACCCGCAAGCAACCUAUUUCCUCACCCCCAGCCCCGCGCUCCAACACCAUGGUCUUCCGGGACAUGUCGUGAUCUGUGUCGCUGCGUUGCAUAGGUAGAGUCCAUAUACAGCAGAGGUUGGCAACCAGAGCACCCGCCCAUCAUGUCACAUCCUAGCUUCCCCGGCGACGGCUCUGCCACUACCCAUCUUGUCCACAACCUCGUCGAAGAGGCUGUGCGGUCGCUCGAGGGAGUCCCUAUCCCCCUGACGCCACGAACUCCUCCCAACCAGUGGCCGGUCGAAGAAAUAUCUACUCGGGAAGCGUUGCGACACUCCAUCAGCCCCAGCAAAGUCAGGGAAUUGCUCGACUUCUCCGCCUUGCUGUACGCCGACGAGCCCGACGAUAACCUUCUCUGUCCCAUCUGCAAGCUUCCCGUCAUUACUCCCAUAAUCACGCCCUGCGACCAUACCUUCUGUCUCGAAUGCCUCAAGCGCCAUUUCCAUUCGUCCGAUACAUGCCCCAUCGACCGCACCAGGUUUCGCGCCAGGGACUGCAAGACGUCGAGACUCUUGACCAACAUUCUCGAUAGCCUAGUUGUCGAGUGCCCCAACACUGAGCGAGGAUGUAGCGAAAAGAUGAAGCGCGAGGAGGUUGUUAAGCACACCAUCAACUGCAGGUACACGCUGCACGACUGUCCCGACAAGGCCUGCGACAAGAGGGUGCAGCAGUGGCUUGCAGUCUCGGGCAAGUGCUGGCAUUUCGAGCAGACAUGCGAAUACUGCGAAGACAAGAUGGAGGCGGCGUCCAUGGCGGACCACAUCAAUAAGAAGUGUACCAAAAACACGACGAGCUGCUCCGACUGCGGCGCGACGAUCAAGCUUUCCGAAGUCAGCCAACACCGCGACAGCAGCUGUCCCGAGGCGUCGGUUGCCUGCAAAUAUGUCGAUUACGGUUGCACACACGAGGCGCUUCGCAAGAUCCUGGGCGCCCACCAAGACGACUGCAUCUACAAGGUCGUUGCCGUCGUGGGCGAGAAGGUCAAAGCCCAAGAGAAACAGAUCGAGAAGCUGCAGAAGCAGACGGAAGAGCAGGAGAGGCAGAUCAUGGAACUGAAGGACGAGCGACGCGAUUGCAUCUCGUGGGACGACGUCUUCAGCCUCAACAACGUCCAAGGCGGUCCAAAGUUUAAACCCACCGAGGCCGUUAUGACCAUAUACGAGGACAUGGAACGCCGCAUGGAGGAGCUCAAGAAGGAGCUGACCGACUUGGAAGGGCGCCAGACGGUCAUGGUCCUGAACCAGGUCAUGCCGAUCAAGGACCAGAUCACCGAGAUCAGGAGCAACCUGGGCAUACUAAAGAUGCACAUGGCCUGGCUCAUGAACAAGAGCCGCGAGGAAGUCGAGCGCAGCCGUCUGGCCAAUCGUAGUGUCAGCAGCACCAGCCGCACGCGCGGCAGCUCCGACAGCGAUGGCGAAGCCGGCCCGUCAACAUCUCGAAGACUGAGCGACGGAUCGAACGGCAUCCCUCGGCUUUGAAAAUCACACAGACAGCUCUAACCAACACGCGACUUUGCACAUAUAAAUUGCUAGCUGGACCUUAGUUUGCACACGCGCUUUCCAGAGCCCGCAGGCCGGUGAAUGAAAAUGGAGGCCGCGGGAGAAGCACCACACCCUUUGGAUGAUGAUACUGAUCCCGAGCAUUGCUUCUUUCUUUUCUGUCAGGCGCGCGGGCUUAUGUACCAGUACGACUUUUUUCAAAUUUUCUGGCGUUCAGGGACUUGGGCAACGGGGUUGAGAUGCACGACAUGGAACGACGCGGAAAUACCCUGGCGGCUGUAUGCUACUUAUCUAGUAAACCGCCCUUUGAAACCAAAUU